GCGCGGGCGGCCGGCGCGGGGCGGAAGUGGCGCGCGGGCCGGCGCGCGGCGGUGGGGCGCGGGGCGCCCAUGGGGCUCCUUAAAGGCACCGCCGCCCGCCCCCCGCCCGCUGACGGCGGAGGGAAACGCUGCACGUGGCUGGAAUGAGCAGGCUGACGGUGCCAUGGCCGAGAAGACAUCGCCGAGCCCCUGUGGGGGCAUCACGCCGCUGCAGCAGAUGCUGGCCUCGGGGACAGGGGCCAUCCUCACCUCCCUCUUCGUGACGCCACUGGAUGUGGUGAAGAUCCGGCUGCAGGCCCAGAGGACCCCCUUCGCCAAAGCGUUGCCAGUGCGGUCUGUGCCCUGGGGCACUCAGCAGGCCACAUGGAAGUGUUUUCUCUACUGCAAUGGGCUCAUGGACCAUCUAUAUGUUUGCCAGAAUGGCAACAGCUGCACCGCCUGGUACAAGACCCCCACUCACUUCACUGGCACGCUGGAUGCCUUCGUGAAGAUCACACGCUAUGAGGGCAUCAGGUCUCUGUGGAGCGGCUUGCCCCCCACCCUGGUCAUGGCUGUGCCAGCCACCGUCAUUUAUUUCACCACCUACGACCAGCUCCGAGACUACCUGCACGCUCGGACGGGAAGCCGGGGGCAUCACAUUCCCUUGUUGGCCGGGGCCCUCGCCAGGCUAGGUGCUGUGACAGUCAUCAGCCCCUUGGAGCUCAUCCGCACCAAGAUGCAGUCGCGGCAGCUCAGCUACCGGGAGCUUGGCGUCUGCAUCCAGUCGGCCGUGGCUCAGGAUGGCUGGCUGUCCCUCUGGAGGGGCUGGGGACCCACCGUGCUGCGUGAUGUCCCUUUCUCAGCUCUCUACUGGUUUAACUACGAGCUGGUGAAGGAGUGGCUCUGCAGGCAGGCCUGUCUGGAUGAGGCCACAUUCAUGAUCAGCUUCGCAUCCGGGGCCAUAUCCGGGACGGUGGCUGCGGUGCUGACGCUGCCCUUUGACGUGGUGAAGACCCAGCGGCAGAUCGAGCUGGGAGACAGCGAGGUGCACCCAGUUGCAGCCUCCAAGCCUUCCUCCACCUGGCUGCUCAUGCAGCGCAUCCAUGCAGAGUCUGGCACCCGGGGGCUGUUUGCAGGCUUCCUGCCCCGCGUUAUUAAGGUGGCACCCGCCUGCGCCAUAAUGAUCAGCACCUAUGAAUUUGGCAAGACCUUCUUCCAGAAGCUGAACCAGGAGCGGCGGCUGCGCACGUUGUGAGCCAGGGCGAGGGCAGGGCUGGAUGUGGCCAGUGCCCCAGGGGGACAGUGCCACCCCUACUCCCGGCGAGGCCUCCUGGGAGCAGCAAACCAGCUCGGCUGUGCAAAGCCCAAGUGCCUUUGUGCUGCGCUCUGCCUCCCCGCUGCCUGCACACAGAGGCAGGCCUGGCCCAGCUCCCCAUCCCCAGCCACACUGGGGACAUCUGUGCCUGCUGCUGUGACACUGGGGGGGACGUGGGCUCCCCUGUACUCACCACUUGAGCUGGACAGAUGCUGCUGCUGGACUCACGGACACUCUGGCAAAGAUGGGGCGCCCCAGGAGCUGCGGCAGGGCAGGAGGUGGGAGCUGGGGCUCUGGUGAUGACCAAACUCCCGGUGGCUUCUCUGCGUCCCUGCCUGGCCCCCAGCCCUGCGCUGGCCACGGGCCUGCCCCUGCUCGCUAUCAGUCACGCACAGCAUCCCCUUGCCAGUUCUGCAUGGCAUAGGGACAGGUCAGGGCCCUUUCCCUGCCUCUGGACCUCUCCUCCCACUUGGGGUGUCACAGUCCCCUGCCAGCCCCGGGGCUCAGACCCCAUGUGGGGACAGACCUUGCUGCUGCUCUGGGGGGGCUGAGGUGCCCUGGUAGCCCCUGCUGGUGCCCGGUUCUGUCACCACAAGGGCCUGCCCCAGCGUUUGUGCCCGGUGUGGGUGCUACCCCAGCUCACUCUGGGGGGGGGUGGGUGGGUGGGGAAUUUCUCUUAUUUUCCUAAAUAAACGAAAAUAUUGUCUCUUA